GAAAAAUAGUAAUUGCUGCCGUUUCAUGUCAAGGAUUUGAUUUAAAAAACUUUCAACCAGUCCAAUGCUAAUACACAAUCAAUACAUCACCCAUAGACAAGAUUGUAAAAUAACAUGAUUUUCUUCUUGCAAUGUUUUAAAAAGGUUUUUGCAAGAAUCUUCAUUGCCCAUGCAUAUCAUCUUAUUUCUUUUUUGCACAGACUUUUGAAUAAUCAGAGUUUCUUUGGGGGCCCAAACCAGUAUAGAUUCUAGGACUUUUCUUGCAUUUGCUACUUAAUCACUGCUUAAUUUCCUAUUUAGCAAUGCAUUAACCUGGCAGAAAUACAGGUGAAACUUGCCAAUAUACAACUUAUAUGUUCUUAAUUAUGUUAUGAAUUGCAUCUAGUUUCUACAAUUCUCCAUUGCACUAAUGCUGAGAUGCUAGUAGCAUAAGCUAUGAUAAAGAUAGAAUCAAGAAAGGAUCAAUUUGAAGAGAGGAUAUCCAUAGGAAGCCCUGAAAAUGAAAAAAAUGAAGAUGAUGAAAAUUUUGAAAGCGAAUUAUGCUGGUGUAUAGAGCAACUUGAACUUGGUGUCAGGAACAAAAAUCCUUCAAAAGAUGAAGCUGAAAGGACAUCAAAAUUGAUUAGAUUACUGAAAUCAGAAAAAUCUUCAAAGGUUAAGAAGCGACAAGUUAUGCGAAACACUUUUGGUGAUUACCGGAAGAAGAUUGCUGCAGAGGCCAAACAAGAAUCAUCUAAAAUAAAAUCUGAACCGAAAAUCUCUUCAGUCUCGGAAACCAAAGUUAAGAGAAGUGUAUUCAUAAGGAAGAAGGAAAUUGAAGAUCAAAACGAUUCACAAUAUCAGGCUCUAGAUGAAAGCGAAAAAGGAACGGAAUGGCGAUUUCAUCAGUCAGAAAACAGCUUCCAGUUUUCCUUCCCGGAACCACAAGAAAAGGCGGCCAAAUAAUUCAUAGCAUUAACACUGAGAAGCACUCAACUUGAUGAAGGCAAAUUUACCUAAUUACUGAUGUCAGGGCAGGACCAUCAAAACUUUUGGUUAUUUUAACACUCUUGGGCAAUUGUGUUUUUAUAACAUAUAACAAUCCAAAUUUGUUUCAAUUUGAUGCUAAGUCCAUGACUUUACUCAUGAAUGUGUUUAUCAAAUAGCCGUAUUUUGGAAUUGAUAAGCUACAAUGAAAGUUAGCGGCAGGAAACGCUUUCCCGCUAUAAACGCUGGAGUGCCGGGAGCAGGGGAACGAACACUCGCCUUAGAUAAAAAAUGCAUGGAACUUGUAACCCAUGUUUUAUGAGAAUAAUUUCAUCUUGGUUAAUGUCAAUUUAUGUGAUUCUUGAAAGUUUACUCAAAUGAA